CGCCGAGGCGAAAACACGCUCCUUGUGUUUAUCCCCUGUAGUCCUUCUUAAGUUUGUGACUUUUAAAUUCCAUUAGACAUGAAUGACACUGAAAUAUAAAUGGAAUUUUCUUUUUUUUUGAUCCAAAGAAUAAUCUGAUUAAACUUAACACUUCCAUGUUAUAAUUAUGUUAUAAACUUCCUUUGGUGAAACAAAACUAAUAAAAAGUAGUUUAUGUAUAAACAAAAAAGUUCCGUCGUCAAUAAAAUUUUUUAUCACGAUUAGUGAACAGUGCCUACUGUAUUACGACGUAACAUAAUUUUAAUCAUUCGGAAGCCUGUCAGAUUUUUUCAUAACACAUGAUUCGGAUCAUGAUUCACGUUCAAUUAAAUAUAUUAUUAAAUGCGAUAAGUCUAUUUCAUUUGCACAAUUCUUGAACGUCGAUAUCGUGAUUAACGAUCGAUGAAUGACAUUCUCGUUGGGCCAUCGUGCAUCGUUGAAGAGGAUUUUAAUUAUUACAUCGAAAAUCUUGACGAUGUCCGGAAAGUUACGGACCGUUGAACAGAAAUCGUUGUCAAUGGAUCGUGGAUGAGCAUCAUGGCGAAUCAAACGGCUGAUUACCAUGGUGACGUUUAUCAAUGGAAUCGAACGGUGCCGACGGAUGAACACGAUACGCAAAUGGAAUAUUAUCUGCCCAAUUGGACCGAUCUCGUAUUGGCUGCCCUGUUCUGCAUGCUGAUCGUCGUCACUAUAGUUGGCAACACACUGGUGAUCGCAGCAGUAAUUACAACGAGACGAUUGAGGUCCGUUACUAAUUGUUUCGUAUCCAGUCUAGCUGCCGCGGAUUUAUUGGUCGGUUUGGCCGUAAUGCCACCAGCUGUAUUACUACAGUUGAACGGCGCAAGUUGGGAACUGGGUGAAAUCCUCUGCGAUUCUUGGUUGUCCUUGGAUAUUCUUCUCUGCUCAGCCAGUAUUCUAUCGUUGUGUGCGAUAUCCAUAGACAGGUAUCUCGCGGUGACCCAACCAUUAGUCUACAGCCGAAGACGGAGAAGUAAGAGAUUGGCUGGUUUAAUGAUCGUAGCUGUCUGGAUACUAGCAGGUGCGAUUACGAGUCCUCCUCUUCUUGGCUGUUUUCCACGGGCAACUGAUCGUGAUAGCAAAAAGUGUACCUACAACAUGGACUCUUCUUCCUACGUUAUAUUCUCCGCCUGUGGGUCUUUCUUCUUACCUAUGUUAGUUAUGCUUUACGUUUACGGAAGGAUUUCCUGCGUUAUAGCUAGUCGACAUAGAAACUUGGAGACAAAUGAGGCUGAUAAAACUAAUCGACGAACUCGAAAUGCAACGAUCGAACGUACGAAAAGUAUGAAGAUUCGACGUUCAGAGUGUACGGUGGAUGGUGAUACUUGCGAAAGAACGUCAACCGAGGGUGACGUUACAAGCAGCUGCAAGAAAGUAGGUAUAGUUCGAGGUCAUCAACAGAGCUGCAUCAACAGGGUAGCAAGAGAAACGAAAACCGCUGGCACAUUGGCUGUAGUAGUGGGUGGUUUCGUGGCUUGCUGGUUACCAUUCUUCAUUCUCUACCUUGCUACUCCGUUCGUCCCAAUGAAACUACCGGAAAUCCUGAUGCAGGCAUUAACGUGGCUAGGUUGGAUCAAUUCAGCUAUAAAUCCAUUUAUCUACGCGUUUUAUUCGGCCGACUUCAGGGAAGCAUUCUGGAGGUUAACGUUUCGAAAGUGCUUCAAAAGUCAAACGACCUUGAAUCACACCGAGCGGAAAUUACCAACACCUGUGACGUUGAGGAAGAACGCAUCAAGAACGUGAAGAUCGAUCGAUUGAUCAUGAAAUGAUUGGAAUAGAUCUCGAAGGACGUAGUACGGGGAAUACGAUUUUCAAUUGUGCAUGAUCGAUAUUCUUCUUCUCCUUCUCCCAUCUACAUUCUCCACGUCUUACGAAAGAAAAAGUACGAAGGAUAAAAAAAAAAAGAAGAAAAAGAAACGUUUCGUUUCGUUUCGAGAGAUGCUGCUGAAGAAGAAAUCAUCUAACAAUGUUUCCUGUAUCGAGGAUAGUCUCUCCCAUCGUUUGGGUAUUCUGAUAACGAGAAAUAGAGUGAAAGAAAAAUGGGUGAAGAUAGAUGAAUAGAAAAGGGAGAGAAAGAGAGAGAGAGAGAGAGAGAGAGAGAGAGAGAGAGAGAGACACAGAGAUUGGACAUCUUACGUUCACUAACGAAUCUUUUCACGAAGAUCUAGCAAUUUUGUUCUUUAUAUUUCUUAACAAAUGUUGCUCCUAGCAUAAUAUUCGAUACUAAUAGAUUAAUUUUAAACGUUAUUAAGUUACUAUAUAAAUUAUAUAUUAAUAUUCAUGUUACAUAUAUCAAUUUACGAUACCGAAAAGUUCGGUACAUUGCAGAAUGAGAAAAGUUCCAUUUACUUUCUUUGAAGAUCAUUUCCGUUGAUCGGUCUGUCGAGCUCUAUGUUUGAACCAUGGUCACUUCUCAGUAUUUCUCUCUCUCUCUCUCUCUCUCUCUCUCUCUCUGUGUAUCUAUCUCUCCUCUUCCUUGUCUAAUUUUGCAGUGGAUUAGAGCUUGGAUUAGUAACGGUUUAACUCUGCGUUAGUAUCGAUUUGACCAUCGGUUGUUUCUGAAUUAGAGUUACAUUAGGUCCUCCAGUGAAGACUUUCAAAUUAGACGCUCAUCGUUAAAGAAGAGAGAGAGAGAGAGAGAGAGAGAGAGAGAGAGAGAGAGAGAAUGCAAGAGAGAAAGAUAGAUAGAUAGAUAGAGAGAGAUAAAGACUCAAGAGGUUAGUAGUUUUCAUCUCGUCGACCUAGGAAAAUCGAAUUCACUUCGAAAGUAACGUCAAAGCAUUCGACGAUAUAUCAAGAUGCUUUUUGUCCUUUUUUUGUCUUGUUUCUUUUAUCGAGAAACAGAGACAAGAAAUAGGAAGAAAUUUUAUGAAAAAAAAAAAAACUUAAUACCAAUAUGAUUCUUUAAGAGCUCUCUCUUUAUUUCUCUCUUUCUCUUUCUUUCACUCUCGUAAACAUAAACUUUGAUAUGUUAACUCAAAACUCUUACUUUUCGAUAAUAAAAUUGUAAGAUUUAUAUGAAGCUUACGAUAGUAGAAUGUCCCGCGCUAGAUUGUAAUAUUCGUUAAUAGCGUUGAGAGAUUUUGCUUAAUAUCAACAUUGAAGGAAGAAUGCAUUUAAAGUUCAUACAUAUAUGUACAUAAAUCUAUAUAGAAAUUUCAUUAGUGCAAAGUAAUUAAUGUAUAAGAAAAAAAUAGACGAAUGAUCUCAAAUCGGUUUUAAUUUCCUAUUAAUUAAUUUAUUCUUCCCUAAAUAAAUUGUGAAUACCCUAACAAUAAGUUUCUUUAUUGAAACAUUCAAAAGGUAUAAAUUGUAAGAAAUAAUUCUACCUCCAUCUCUAUCUCUGUCUGUCUGUCUGUCUCUCUCUCUUUUUUGCUUUCUUGUUUUCUUUAAAUAAAAAAAAAAAAAACGUAUUAUUGUCUUUUAAUUUUUUUGAACGUUAUUUAACAUUCUAUCAAAGAUAAAUUAAAAUUGAACGCGUGUAAAGUCAUACAACCGCAAAGUAUUCAGCGAUGUGCGAUGGCAAAGAGUUAAAUUAAAAAAUGCGUUGUUAUCGUCUAAUUAUUAUAUAUGUAGAUCAAUUCUGCAAUUCAUUUUAAACGACGAGAAGAUAAAAUUUUCUAAUGCAUACGAUAGUUUAUAAUAUUCGACGAGAUAUAUAUAAAUCUUUUUCUAUAUAUACGUAUCUAACUUAUCGCGCUGAAUAUUUGUUAGAAACGAACAACGUCAUCGGUAUCAUCUGAAAAUCCUUUUAAAACGUGACCAUAAAAUGUCGAUGCUGACAGUCCGAUCUCUGACACUCAUCGAUGUGAUGAAUUGUCUUUAAAAAUAUAUUUGUAUACACAGCGAAUGUGCAGAACAAACGCAUUGUCAGAAUUUAACGAAUAAAAUAUUACAGUACACAAC